AUUACUGAAGCUGCGCUCAGACGUGUUUAAAGACGUCUUCAGACGAGCAGCAGCUGCAGCGCUCUUCAUAUGAUCCUUCAGUCUCUUUACACUUCUGCUGCAGGAUGAAGAGUAUGAGGAAAAAACAGACUUUAAUUCUUCUCAUCUCACUGUGCAUGUCUAUGGGGCAAUCUGACUUUGCACCGUAUUUCUAUGAUAAUGGAGCUGGAAGCAGCAACGGAAACCUGGGGUUAUUCAGCAUCUCUGAAGACACAUCUGUUGGGACUCAUGUUUACACACUGAACGGCUCUGACCCCGAAGGCGAGCCGGUGACCUACGGCAUGACCUUUGAUAAGGGCUCCAAAGAUUAUUUCAGCGUCGAGCCCAAAUCAGGGAACGUGACUCUCAUCCAAACACUGGACAGAGAGGUUCAGGAUGAGAUCGUUGCAUUUGUGACCAUCACAGAUGGGAGAAAUAAGGUUGUAGAAAAUGUUCGAGUGUUCAUCACAGAUGCUAACGAUGAAAAGCCAGAGUUUCUGAAUCUGCCGCUCGUAGUGGACGUCCCAGAGGACACAGCUUCAGGCAGCAGCAUCUACAGAGUCCAGGCCGUCGACAGAGACCUCGGGUCCGGAGGAAGUGUGACCUACUACCUGCAGUCGACGCCCAGCACUAAGUUCACCAUCGACGGUCACAGUGGAGCUCUGCGCAUCAGAUCCGGAGAAUCGCUGGACUACGAGGUCUCCAGGACUCAUUUUGUCACUGUGGUUGCAAAGGAUGGCGGGGGUAAAUAUCAUGGAAAAUACCAGGUCAUGACCUCCACAGCCAUCAUAACCAUCAAUGUCCUCGAUACCCAGGAUUCUCCUCCAGUGUUUGUUGCUACUCCGUAUUUUGGAUUUGUGUAUGAAGUCUCUGUACCAGGCUCAGAGAUAUUCACUGUUUCUGCCAAAGACGGCGACCAGAACAACCCCAACACCAUGCAUUACUCCAUUCUGAGCGGCAGCGACGGCUUCUUCAGCAUCAACAGCACGAGCGGCUGUAUCAGCUUGACAUCUUUCCCUGUACAGUUGAGGAACGAGUUAUACGAGUUACAAGUCAAGGCUGCAGAGUUUGGAGCCGACAGGUUUUCUGAUUACAGCGUGACCACAGUCACUGUUCGUGUGGUGGACCUCAACAACCAUCCACCCGCUUUCUACGACGAGAACGGCCCGCAGAACCGCUUCGAGCUGAGCAUGUACGAGCAUCCGCCGGAAGGAGAGAUACUCCGCGGCCUGAAGAUCACGGUCAACGACUCGGACCAGGGAGCAAAUGCUAAGUUCAGGCUGCUGUUGGUGGGACCUUCUCGAGUUCUCCGUGUGGUUCCUCAGACGGUUCUCAAUGAAGCCCAGGUCACCAUCAUGGUGGAAAACUCGUCCGCCAUCGACUACGAAAAAUACCAGUUCUUAACAUUCAAGCUGUUAGCAGUGGAGAUCGACACUCUUGAGCUCUUCAGUGCCACUGCGGAUAUCGUCAUCAAUCUUUUGGAAAAACUACUGAACAAUAUUCUCACUGAUGGUGCGAUUGUGAAUAUUAUGAUCUUUCUGGUUUGUUUUCAGGCAGUGGAUGAGGACGCAGAGGAACCUAAUAACCUGAUUGAAUAUUCCAUCAUGAAAGCCGAUCCAGACAACAUCUUCGACAUUAACACGUCCACAGGAGAGAUUAAGCUCAAACCGUACAUCAAGUCUAUGGAGAUUGUGCAGAACAUCACCAAACAGAAAGACUGCAGGUGGUCUGUGGUGGUUCAAGCUCGUGAUCGAGGCUCUCCAUCCUUCAGCACAACAGCGGUCGUGAAGAUCGACAUCACGGAGGCGAAUGGGCUCAAAGGGCCCAUGGCUGCUUUUCUAAUGCAGAGCCGAGACAAUCCAAUGAAAGCUCUUGGCCUGGCCGUCAGCAUCAUUACUGUAAUUGUUUUGGUGACAGUUAUAAUCUCCACCAUCAUGUACUUUCGCAACACAAAGUCCAACAGGAUCACGCCAGCGCGCCGCAUCAUUCGCAGGAGGCCCAAAGAGCCACACCGCUGGACCUUCAGGCCGUGGUUUGGACGGAGCGACCUGAGCUUUGGAAAGUUCUUCACUGACGAUGAGACGAGGGACAACACAAACCACAGCAGCCCCAGAGCCAAGCCGCCGGCCCCCAGCGCUCCGGUGCUCCCUCCUCCGCCUCCGAGCGAGCGGCUGCGGUCAGUGCCCACGGUGUCCGGCUCCCUGGCCUCCAGAAACACCAGCCGCAGCUCCAGCUGGAGGACCAGCAAAAGCACAGACGGCGCCCAGAGAUCUGGCCAAAACAAAGACGGCAGUGGCAUCAGCUCCGCUCUAGUGUCUGAGCUUAAAAUGAGAAUAGAACAGAAAAUCAAUGAGGCAAAUCAAGGCUACUAUCACUGACACACUGACCGGUGUGAGUAAUGGAUACGAUGUGUGUUUGAUGGACCGCUGGACGCUUGAUGUUACGAACAGUUCACUGAGAAGAAUGUUUCUUUUUUUUGGUGAAAGUGUUUUUAAAGUGGCCGUCUGGUUCACCUAAAGUGUUUUUCUGUUUUUCAACAUGCUGUACAGUCAAAAAUACCUUAAAAAUGCUAAGUAACUUGCCAAUACUGGUCUAUGCACAUACAGUAUGUGUUUGUAAACAGAAGACAGCUAAUUGGAUGCUGUUUAUUUCAGUAAUGUACACCUCUUCAGUCUUGCUGUGCUUCUUAGACCAGUUUACGCAUCAGUUCUAGAUCUGCAAAAGUCAUGCAAACUCCACUGUAAUCUCAUAAUUAGCACCAUACUGCCAUCUUUAGGUUUCAUUCAAUUUAGUCUGAACAAUCUAAUCAUUAAUACGUGUCAAAAUUUAGAAGAACUUAAAACAACCCUUUCUGUUUUCAGUAGAUUAUUUAUGUGACUAUUGCAUGUACAUUAUGUCCUACUCUAUUUCUUUUUUAAACAGUUUUUGCCUUGAGGAUCUUUGGUAAAAAUCUACAGACUUUAUGGACAUCGGACUCUCAUUUGUAGUUAUUGCUGUCAAACCUUUUUUAUUAUUGUUUUGUAUUGUUUUGUAUUUAAUUUUCCUGUACCUUUUCUGAGAAGGAGAGCAGAUGAACAUCCAUGUGCUAUUUGCUGUAGGCAUAUCCAAAUGUCAAAUGUGUUUAUCAUGUCAUCAUAUCAAGUCUGUGCUAUAAAUGAAUUUAGAAAUACAACAAUUUUUAAAGUCUUAUCUAAAAAAAAUUAAAA